AUGUGGCCCCUGCUGACGACCUGCCAAUGCCAUGACACAGGAGUCAGUCCCCCUAGAUCAUCCACCCGCCAGCUGACCAGAAAGGUUGAAAGACUUGAAGCCAAAGUGGUUGAACCCUUGAAAGCUUAUGGGACCAUUGUGAAAAUGAAACGGGAUGACCUCAAGGCAACAUUCACAGCAAGGAAUCGAGAAGCUAAGCAAUUAACUCAGUUAGAAAGAACACGUCAGCGAAACCCAUCUGAUCGACAUGUUAUUUCACAGGCAGAAACAGAAUUACAGAGAGCUGCAAUGGAUGCUAGCCGAACAAGUCGUCAUCUGGAGGAAACUAUUAACAACUUUGAAAGGCAGAAAAUGAAGGAUAUAAAGACUAUAUUUUCUGAAUUUAUCACAAUUGAAAUGUUAUUUCACGGCAAAGCUUUAGAGGUCUACACUGCUGCCUACCAGAAUAUACAAAACAUUGAUGAAGAUGAAGAUUUAGAGGUUUUCCGAAAUUCUCUGUAUGCACCAGAUUAUUCAUCUCGUUUAGAUAUUGUACGAGCAAACUCAAAGUCACCUCUUCAGAGAUCACUGUCAGCUAAGUGUGUAUCUGGAACAGGACAGGUAUCCACUUGUCGACUAAGAAAGGAUCAACAAGCAGAUGAUGAUGAGGAUGAAGAGUUAGAUGUUACAGAAGAAGAAAAUUUUCUUAAGUAAACUACACAUUUCCAUUUUCAUCAUAAAUGACAUGGAAUCCACAAUGACUAAACUGUAGAACUUUAUACUCACUUUGAUAUGUUAUGCCUCAAAGUGAAGUCCAACUGGAAACAGAAAAAUAAUUAAAGGAAACUUAUGCUGACCAAAAAUGAAGGCUUUAAAAAAUAUUACAUACCAGUCAUUUCAACAUCCUAACUAGUGUUAGGUGAUUUUUGUGUAAGUACCUUUUUUUUUCAAAGAUGGUGUAUUUCAAAGUAUUUCAUAUUAAUGUACUAUAUCUACUUGAAGUUCCAAUAGUACAUUAUGACAGAAACCAAAAGAUCUAACAAUUCUGCUUAGCUUUUUGGUUAAGACUCCAUGCUUUCAUUACCAGAAAAGGGUCCUAUGUAGUCAUUCUGAUUACAUGUAAUUCUAUUCCAUGAAGCCUUAAGAAAAAAUAUUUUUUUUUUACUUUCCCUUAAAACUUUAUCAUUUGAUAAGUAAAUUUACUUUUCAAGAGUAUAAUCAAAUAAAGAUAAUGUGACACUAAGAUAUCAAUGUGUUAUGAAUACACAUAAGGCAUAAAUUUCAGCUGUAAAAAAAGCCACAUUCAAUCUGACUCUGGUUUUAAAACAAAACUGUCAUACUUAUACAUGAUACUGCAACUUUUGGAAGGCCAAUUUAGUGGAAUGUUGCCUCAUCACAGAACACCAUAAAUCAUUAAAAAUUCUAUAAAAAUUUUACCAAGCUACCAUGCAGUUAAUAAAAGGGUAUACAAUCACUUUUAUUUCUGAAAAUAUAAAACAAUUGGAGCCUUUCAGUGUCUCUGAUGCUUCUCUUUUGGUAAGGAAUUAUACUUUUAUUUCAUGGAUCCCAGGCAGGCAUAUAAAAGGGAAUUUAUAAAAUCAUUUGGGAUAAUUAGAAAAUGCAAUUAUUCAUAACAGAAAAAUAAAGAGUUCUAGAAAGCUU